GGAGGAUUAGGAGAGAAAGGGUUAGAAGCCGGAGAGUGGAGUGAGAAAGAAACCCAGGCUGCCUCCGGGAUGAGGUUAGGAAGCCCGGGGCUGGGAAGAGGGAUCCGGGGUCAGGGCUAGGAGCAGGGGUCUGGAAGAGGCAAGGCUUGGCAGGUGGGAGGUGCUGUGGUGAGGGGUGCCAGGGUAGACGAGUCGCAAGUGUAAGACAAGGAAGGAGCAGAGCCGGGGUAGUAGUUGGGAGUAGAGGAGAGAGAGUGAUUAAGAGCCAGACGUGACAAGGGUGUGAACUAGUGCGGAGCUGGGGAUGAGCUGAAGGGCUGGGAGCCGCUGGGGUGGGCUCGACAAGGUGUGGAUCAGUAGCUGGUGAGGGGUGUAAAUUCUGUAAAGUGAGGGCGACAGGAGACCUGGAUCACAACCAGGUGGACUCGAGAAUCGGAGCGUUAGUGGAAGGGCUAAAGGGAAGGAAGCGAGCUGAGGGCUGGGCGUUAAUAGGACAGUUCUGGGAGAAAAAGAAAAACGCUGAAAGGACGCUAGAAGCAGGGUGGAAGGAAUGAUGGUGAGCAGGGACGGGGAAACUGGGGAAUUGUUGUUGAAGAGGUUCAGCAAGGUAAAGAUAGUGGAGUCAAAAGACUGGCUGAAAAGCAGCCCGAGGAGAUGAGCCCGGAAGACAUGGGCCCUGGGAAUUAAAGGAUGGAAUGGGGAGGGGGGCAAGAGAAAGGAGAUUAAGGGAAGCUAGGGGAGUCCUGGUGGGCAUAGAACUGGGGUGGGCUGCACACAAGUGGGAACCGAAUGUUUUGCCCUGAGGUGCCCCAGAAGGUGUUCCCAGGUCUGGCAGGGGCAGGGCACAAAUGCUGUAGUGAAGGAUCCAAUGUAGGGAGCCUUUGGCACAGAAGAUAAGGAACCAUGGUAACAGAGCAGAGGAAACCCAGCCAGUGAAUAUGUGAGAAUAUGGAAGACGAUGGGAGCAGCUUGUUUAAUGGAUUAAGAAAGUGGCGACUGCGCUAAAACAUGGAUAGAUGCAAACAUGUAGGGCGGUUACGGCUCGCCCAGGACCACUCCAUCCUGAACCCCCAGAAGUGGUGCUGUCUGGAGUGCGCCACCACCGAGUCUGCGUGGGCCUGCCUCAAGUGCUCCCACGUGGCCUGUGGCCGCUACAUUGAAGACCAUGCACUAAAACACUUUGAAGAGACGGGGCACCCGCUGGCCAUGGAGGUCCGGGAUCUUUACGUGUUCUGCUACCUGUGCAAGGAUUACGUGCUCAAUGACAACCCCGAGGGGGACCUGAAGUUGCUGAGAAGCUCCCUCCUGGCGGUUCGAGGCCAGAAGCAGGACCUGCCCGCGAGGCGUGGGCGGACGCUGCGGUCCACAGCUGCAGGCGAGGACGUUGUCCCGCUUCAGCGGACUCCUCAGGGACAGCCACAGAUGCUCACGGCUCUGUGGUACCGGCGCCAGCGCCUGCUGGCCAAGACGCUGCGGCUCUGGUUCGAGAAGAGCUCCCGCGGCCAGGCGCAGCUGGAGCAGCGGCGGCGGGAGGAGGCUCUGGAACGCAAGAAGGAGGCGGCGCGGCAGCGGCGGCGCGAGGUCAAGCGGCGGCUGCUGGAGGAGCUGGCCAGCGCACCGCCGCGGAAGAGUGCGCGCCUGCUCCUGCACGCCCCCGGGCCCGUGGCCGUGCGCCCUGCCACCCUCGCUACCUCCCGGCGCACGUCCGCGGCUGCUCUGAAGCCGCGCCGCCAGCCGGCGGUGGCCCCAGGUGUCACCGGCCUGCGCAACCUGGGUAACACCUGCUACAUGAACUCCAUCCUCCAGGUGCUCAGCCACCUCCAGAAGUUUCGGGAAUGCUUCCUGAACCUCGACCCUUCCACCUCCGAGCACCUGUUUCCCCAAGCAACCAACGGCAAGGCUCAGCUCUCUGGCAGGCCACCUAGUAGCUCUGCCGCUGAGUUGUCAGUAAGGAGUGACCGGGCCCAGGGCUGCGAACCUCAGGGCCUCUGCUGGAGCAGCGGAGCCACCAUCAGCAGGAGCCUGGAACUCAUCCAGAACAAGGAACCCAGCUCAAAGCACAUUUCCCUCUGCCACGAACUGCAUACCCUCUUCCGAGUCAUGUGGUCUGGGAAGUGGGCACUGGUGUCGCCCUUUGCUAUGCUUCACUCCGUGUGGAGCCUGAUUCCCGCCUUCCGUGGCUACGACCAGCAGGAUGCACAGGAAUUUCUCUGCGAACUCCUGCACAAGGUGCAGCAGGAACUUGAGAGUGAGGGCUCCACACGCCGGAUCCUUAUCCCCUUCUCCCAGAGGAAGCUCACCAAACAGGUCUUAAAGGUGGUGAACACCAUAUUUCAUGGGCAGCUGCUCAGUCAGGUCACAUGUGUAUCAUGCGAUUAUAAAUCCAAUACCAUUGAGCCCUUUUGGGAUCUGUCCCUGGAAUUCCCUGAGCGAUACCACUGCAUAGAAAAGGGGUUUGUCCCUUUGAAUCAGACAGAGUGCCUGCUCACUGAGAUGCUAGCCAAGUUCACCGAGACAGAGGCCCUGGAGGGGAGAAUCUACGCGUGUGACCAGUGUAACAGCAAACGACGAAAGUCCAACCCCAAACCCCUUGUUCUGAGUGAAGCUAGAAAGCAGUUAAUGAUCUACAGACUACCUCAGGUCCUCCGGCUACACCUUAAAAGAUUCAGGUGGUCUGGCCGUAACCAUCGUGAGAAGAUUGGGGUCCAUGUCGCCUUCGACCAGGUAUUAACCAUGGAGCCUUACUGCUGCAGGGACACGCUCUCCUCUCUUGACAAAGAGACCUGUGCCUAUGAUCUCUCCGCAGUGGUCAUGCAUCACGGGAAAGGGUUUGGCUCGGGACACUACACAGCCUAUUGCUACAACACAGAAGGAGGUUUUUGGGUCCACUGCAAUGACUCAAAGCUGGACGUGUGCAGUGUGGAGGAAGUGUGCAGAACCCAGGCCUACAUUCUUUUUUACACUCGAAGAACAGUUCAGGGCAGCGCAAAACUCUCAGAGCCCCAUCUCCGAGCUCAGGUGCACUCCAGCAGCAAGGAGGAACGCAGAACAUACACGUUUCCCUGACUGGGAGGCAAGCAUCAGAAUGGCCUCCAGUUCUCCUCUGGGGCUUGCCACAGUAACAGAUUCCUGGGUUUGCCUCACUGGGUCUAGGCGAGACAAUGCCCUGUGAUGCCUGCUCUGUCAAAAAAUUGGUAGUCACUUUCUUGUGAAACAUGCAAAUCCCCUCCUUUCUAAAAACAAUAUAAAGGAGUAGCUUCUAUGAAGAUUCUUUUGUCAGUUGCUUCUGGUUAACAGGGAUCUGGGUAGAGGAGACAGGGUAAGUGAUCAGCCAGCCAGGAGAGCAACCAUGUCUGUCUCUGUCAUGAGUUCCCUACUAGUCAGGCCCUUCCCGAAGCACUGCACAGAGUACAUGAGGGCCCAGACUGACAGCUGGUGGGAAAGACUGGUUCCAGCUCGGAAGGUGAAGUCUCAGGAGUUAGUCACACUAAGAAGGUAACCAUCAAGGGUCAUUCUCCAUGCCAAUGGGAAGGCUGUCUGUCACAGCUUGACUUCUGAGCUGCUGUUACCUCAUCACUCCACAGGUGAGGCCGAGGCUUGAGCCACCCCUUCCUUUAGAAGAGGCAGUCAGAAGGACACAUGGACCUGGGUAUGCAUGGUAGGCAGUCAGGAGGACACAUGGACCUGGGUAUGCAUGGUAGGCAGUCAGGACACAUGGACCUGGGUAUCCAUGGUCUGUGCAUGUUAGGUCAUGGACACUCCUGACUUCCCCAGUCCUAUAGCAAGGCCCAGGCUCAAAGUGAUGGUUUGGUUUGGAUCUGGUUUUGGGUCAGUUGUCAGAAGCCUUCUCAGAAUGCGGUGAAGGUGAGUUGGGUUUGUCUGAAUGCCUGCUGCCUGGAAAGUCUCACAUUGUGUGGCAUGAAGCUUCUUUCCUGUCCCUAGAACAUCACAAGCUUUGGGAGCUUUUACUUCCCUAGUGCGUGAGCAGUGCUUAGGGACUGACUAUAUCGUUUGCUUGUGGCCCUGGCCUGUUCUAUCCCAGUGUGCUGGUUAUUCACCCCUCUGCUUUGUCCAUGAGGAAUAGAGCAAGACUCCACCUCUCACUCUGGGAUUAGUAAAAACACAUCUCUAAAAUUCACUCCAUCUCUGAGGGAUUCGGGUGCUCAGAGUCUUCAUCCCUUUCAGGCCCAGUAAGCUUCUUUCUCUCUGCAAUGGCUACUGCAGUGCCCCACAGCCUCCCCCAUGAAUGCUCUUUGGAUUGAAUAGCUCAUGUUACUAUUUGAGCUCAGGCAGAGAGCAGCUGUCACUGGAUGGGAGUUGUAGGCAUGUGGAACCAGGACACUUCCAGGCACAUCUGUGGUAUUUACUUCUGCUCUCCUUUGAGGUGAAUUCUCCCGUAGGCCUGCCAGAUAUCAGAGCCAUGGAAGAAAUCAGACAGACAUCCUGACAGGGAUGACAAGCUGGAUUUAGACUUGGUCUUUUAUAACACUGUGAGGUUUCUGUAAUAUUUAGCUUUUAUUUGGAAGCGAUAAGGUAAGGCAUUUUGUGCUGUUUGGUUUUACUGUCUGCUGCAGGCUUUUCUGUGAGCUUUGCAUGGGCUCCUCUCAUGGACAGUUUUAAGGUGUCACGCUUGCCCACACUGCCUGAGGUUCUGAUGUAAAGCUGCAUCCAUUCAGGGAGGUCCACAUCACUAAGAUGGCAUGAUGGUGAGGAUUUGUUACCAUGGUAGGAAAGCCCAUUCAAAAAAAAAAAAAAUGGGGCUGGAGAGAUGGCUCAGUGGUUAAGAGCGCAGACUGCUCUUCCAGAGGUCCCAAGUUCAAAUCCCAGCAACCACAUGGUGGCUCACAACCAUCUGUGAUGGGGUCUGAUGCCCUCUUCUGUGGGUCUAAAGAGAGUGGCAGUGUACUAACAUUUAAAAAAUUUUAAAAAGCCAUGUGUGCUAGUACACCCCUGUAAGGCUCGCACUUGUUAGGCUGAGGCAGGAGGAUUAUGAGUCUGAAGCUACAUUGGGAGGCCCUGUUUGAAAAACAAAACCAACAAACUAUUGAGAGUAAAAAAAGGAAGUAAGACUGGGUUUGGAUUGUACCUCACCUGAAACCCUGUGUUGUUUGUUCUAGAAAGAGAACUUGCAGGCAGAGAAUACUGUCUAGAGGGAAAACACAUUAAUCAUUGUAAACCCAGAAACAUUAAAAGAUCUUACUCAAUUUUUAAAAAUAGUUUUAUAGCAGCUAUCAGCAGGGCUGGUAAGCAGAUUAGGGACUUUAUAAAACAAAUGCUUAACUGACCUGAACACGCACAUAAUGAGAUUAGUAAAAUCACUUAGUUGGAACUGAAACCAACUGUCUCCACUGAGCCACCGUCAUGAAGGUGCCACUGCAACCCCAGAGGACACUUCAGCACCAGAAGCAGCAGCGUGAGUUAGGGAUGUGGUGCUUAAGGAGAGUUCUGCUGCAGAUGAGUGCAGUUCAGUCAAGGCAGAGCGCUGUCAGCUGCAUCCCAGUGCAACAUCUAAAAGCAAAGGACAGACAGACAGACAGACAGACCCCAGUGCUGCUCUCCUGGCUGCAGUCUCCGUCUGAACCCUUGGUGACUGGCUGGUGUGUUUACCUACUGCUGUAACCAGCCCUCAACAAUGACUUCUUACCUCAGUCUAGCCUGGCCCUCACGCUGUGCUUGCCUCCAAGAGCACGCCCAUUACUAUCGCAAAGCCAGCAGGGAUACCCUUGGCACCAGGAACUGCAGCUCUCAUCCUGUGGCACGCAGAGCUCUUGCCAGCUUUAACCCAGCCCCUCUGGCUGGGACGGGAGGGCACUGCCACAUAGUAAACAACUUUUACAUGUCUCUUAAAACGUCAAGAAUAAAAUUGGAAACUGUAGAAGAGUUAAUGUGUCCUAUGGACUCAAUAGCAGAGUUUAUUUUUGUUCACAGUGGCAAGGCCUCUCGAGUCCAUGAUUGUAUGAGGUCCCUGCUCUGGCUAUGCCUUCAGCUCCAUCCACAUUCAGGGGAAGAACCAAUGAGGUGGACUGGCUGGCAGUGCCCAAGUGAGCCGAGAGGUCCAUGGUGAAGAAUUAAAACUGGGGGUGGGGGUGGGAGCAAGAGGGAUAUCUGAAAUUUGUUUUACUGAUAAAGCUUUGUGAACUAAUUUUCUACAAUUCAUAAAAUUUGGUGCCUUGUACUUGAUUGUGGUUUGCAUGAGAGUUAAGUGGGAGGGCUCCUUUUUGUUAAGUGGCAGGUGGGUCUGUAGUGUUUAAAGGAUACGCACUAUCAGAUUUUUAGAGCAUUCCUUUCUCUUAUGUACGAAUGUAAAUUGUUUUUACCAACAAGUUCUAGAGUUUUAAUGCCCAAAUUGUAUUUGUAAUCAAUCAUUCAUCAAAUGUCUGACUACCACUGUUGUUCAUUGCCUCUUGUCCAUGCCUAGCAUUAAUGCUGGCCCUUUCUGGAAGGCAACCCUUUCUUGAAUAUCUAUCACAUCCCUAUGUGGGGCCGCAGCUUAUGUGUGCAAGGGUUAGUUGGGAGAGCACAGGUGAUGAGAAAAGGAUUUCUCUAAAUCAUGAUGAAGCUGGGUGGCUAGUGGCAAUAGAGUCUGCAUAACCCCUGGGGUUCUAUGUGGAUCAUCAGGAAGCAGUGUCACAACCAUGCCCACACGUGCACCUUCAGACUGUCAGACAAGCCACUGUGUAAUAUGCAGUGAAUCAUGGAGAAGACCCGUCUCCACCACCCUCGACACUUCCUGGGCAGAUGACAACUGGGACAGUGCUGAGUGGCUGAGGAAGGUAGUGAGACUCAGGUGUGUUUGGUCAGGGCCAGUCCCAGCCAGUUCUUUCACUCCAAGCUUGAAGUUUCUACUGAACUUGUGAGACUUCACCAAGUGUUCAUGAACUUUCCGUUCAAAGCAUACUCGGUUACUGGCUCCUUCAGCUUCGUUCCUAGACCAAUUCAGGUGAAGAGUUUUAUCUUUGGGGUGAAACUUUCGGGGGUCACUUGAUUUUUUUUUUUUUUUU